AUGGCUGGAGCUGGUGCAACGUACUUAUUUGGCACCUACUCCAGCGAGAUCAAGACUACUCUUUGUUAUGAUCAGACAACAAUCAAUCUGUUAGGCUUCUUCAAGGAUCUUGGUGGUAAUAUCGGGGUUCUUUCCGGGCUUGUUGCGGAGGUAACACCCACCUGGUUUGUGCUCCUACUUGGAGCUGCCCUCAACUUUGGGGGCUAUUUCAUGAAAUGGUUAGCUGUGACAGAAAAAAUCCCCAAGCCCAAGGUUUGGCAAAUGUGCAUUUACAUCAUUAUAGGAGCUAAUUCUCAAAACUUUGCCAACACAGGAGCACUCGUUGUCAGUGUUAAGAACUUCCCUGAAAGCAGGGGUUCAUUGAUAGGUCUGUUAAAGGGCUAUGCAGGCUUAAGCGGAGCUAUUGUGACACAAAUUUACUUGGCUGUAUAUGGAAAUGAUUCCAAAUCUCUCACACUUCUAAUAGGAUGGUUUCCAGCCGCGAUUUCAAUAGUAUUUGUGUACACAAUUCGACCAUUGAGGCCUGUUAAGCACCCCAAUGAAGGGCGAGUGUUUCACCAUUUCCUCCUCAUCUCAAUUGUUCUAGCAGUUUUUCUCAUGGCAAUCACUUUGACUGAGAAAGUCAUUACUUUCUCCAAAUCAGCUUAUGCUGGCGUUACCACCGUGGCUUGUGUUCUUCUAUUCGCUCUUCUCUUUAUUGCAAUACGAGAAGAACUACUGGUUUGGAAGCUUAAGAAACAACCAAUCAUUCCGCCAACCAAGACAACAAUUAAUACACCAAACGGAGAAGUGGAUAAAUCAAAACAAGAGGCUAUGUUUGAUGAUAAAUCCUGUUUCCUUACCUUGUGUGAUAAGCCCAAGAGAGGAGAGGACUACACAAUUUUGCAAGCACUAACAAGCAUAGACAUGUGCAUUCUGUUUUUUGCAACAUUUUGUGGACUCGGCUCAAGCUUAACUGCGGUAGACAACCUGGGCCAAAUUGGUGAGUCGCUUGGAUAUCCAAAUAAAACAGUAACUAGCUUUGUGUCGCUUGUUAGCAUCUGGAAUUUCCUUGGGAGGGUUUUUUCUGGAUUUAUUUCCGAAAUCCUGAUUGUGAAGUACAAGCUUCCACGCCCACUCAUGAUGGCGAUAGUGCUUCUAAUUUCGUGCGUAGGCUACCUGUUGGUUGCCUUUCCAGCCCCAGGUACACUCUAUGUAGCAUCCAUCAUAAUUGGAUUCUCGUUUGGUGCACAGCUGCCAUUAAUUUUCGCCAUUAUUUCUGAACUUUUUGGCCUCAAGUUCUUCUCUACAUUGUUCAAUUGUGGGCAAAUGGCUAGUCCCCUUGGAUCAUACAUAUUGAAUGUGAAACUUACAGGGCCUCUAUACGAUAGAGAGGCAAUGAAAGAUCUUACAGCAAAAGGUCAAACACGGUCGCAAGUGAAACAGUUAACUUGCAUUGGUCCUCGGUGUUACAGGCUACCUUUUAUAAUUUUGACUUCUAGUUUUAGUGGCCAGAACCCGCAAGUUCUACAAAAGUGA